CUGUAUUUUCUUUUGCAUAAGAUAAAAGGGAGGGAAAGGGAGAUUGUCAUUUAAGUAUGAAAAUAAUUUUUCCUUCUUUCUUGACAUCAGAAAGUAAAGAUAGAGCAUUUUGAAAAAGAUAUUUAAUAUUAAUUUCAAUUUUAGUUUAAGUGCUGGAAGUCUUAGCCACAUUCUAUGCUAAAUUCUUCCCUGAAAUCAUACAGAAAACAUGAACACAACUUAAAAAUUAAACUUAGCUGAACUUUAUGCAUUUUUUGUUUACAUUAGGGUGUAGUAAGCUGUAUCCAAAGGUGAGCUGUUUCAGCUUACAGAAAGUAGGUUGAUUCUUCCUCAUUGUAUGCUACCCAAAAACAUCUCUGAGGAUUGAGAGAUCUCGUACAGUAUGAGUUACAAUACAAAAAGCUGCAAUAGAAGAGGAACAAAAGUUGAGUACUUCAUAGAUCUGUUGACACACAUUUAAAAUCGGGGUGUUCUUAACAGUAGUGAGCAAAGAACAGCAGAUCUGUGAUUUGAGGUCCUCUUGGAUUUGCAUGUUCUAUAGAGCAGUAGAUGCAGGCCAUGGCCAGAGAGCUCUUUACCAAGAUUUGAUUGGUAUGCCAAUUUGAAGACUUUUUGGAGUGAAAAACUGUUAUGAGAAUAACUCAUGCCCUCUUCACCUUACAAUUAGGUUACUGAAACUCAGUAUGCAUUUGGCUGCCUUUGAAGAUAACUCAGAAGCCAAAGUUGGCUCAGAUAAUAAGUUUAACAGUGUAACCCCAGUGCUUUGAUUUAUGUACUGGCCAUUCAUCUGCUCCCAGGUCCAAUUCAACAUGUUGGUCAUGAUCUAUGAAGCCCCACAUGGCUCAACUCCCAGGAAUUGUCAGGACCACCUUUUUCAACCAGUAUUGAACCCUUCCUGAGGUUUGAAUUCUUCUGUAUAACAGAUACAUACAUAACUAAACUAUAACCAUAAUUAUAGAACUUAAUUUUGUCACUUCUCCACCUGUCAUUCAAUAGCCAUUUUCCUGUACUAUCAUAUAGCAGGAAGAAAGACAUACACAUAUUUGGCCUUCAGUUAUUCUUUCUUUUACUGUCUCAGUAUUCUUUAAUCUUAUGUAAGCACACAAUGUAUUCUUACUUUCUUACAUUGUAAAUCUUAGGGUCAAGGCUUGCUCUUGUUAUGAUUGCAUGCUGAAUGGGGAGUGUUGGGUCUAAAUAAAUAAAUAAAUCUGCAGCACAAUUUCUAAUAACUGGUCUAUUAAGUAUUUUAUAUGCUUGACAUCUAAAAACUUCCUCUCUAGAUCUCUAGUUAAGUAAAGAGAAAACAAGACUGAAUCUCCAGAAUAUAUGCUUUUUUAGUGUAACUUGUUUUAUUAAUUUAAUAGCCUCUAAACCAGAAAUAAUGGCAAGAUAGUGUUAGUUCUAUGUAUGUACAUGUGUGUGAGAGUGCACACGUUUGUACAUAGACAUGUGAGUGCCAGUGUGGUGUAGUGGUGAAAAGCUAAAAGUCAAAAGACUGUGAAUUCUGGUUUUGUCUUAGGCACAAAGCCAACUGGGUGAUCUUGGGCCGGCCACCACAUCUCAGCCCUACGAAGGAAGCAAUGGCAAACCACUUCCAAAAAUCUUGCCAAGAAAACUGCAGGGACUAGUGUAGGUAGUCAUCAGAAGUCAAGACUGACUCAAAAGCAUUUGUACAGAGAGAUAGAGUGUGUGUGAAGAUCAGUCUGCCGACUUAGUCUUUGAGGAGAGAUAGAGAGAUUUUUCAAGUGGCAUGCAAAUGCCUCAAUGAAUCAUUAACUCUGUGUAACAAUAAUUUCUUUUUAUAACUCAUCUGAGAUGCUGGACUUAGCUCAAAAUAAACAGAGCCCAGCUCUGAUGCUUUUUUUAAACCAGGAGUCACUUAAAACUACAAAUGGGGUCUCGGGUCAAAGAUAAGGAAGCAGCUUUUUUUGACCCGAUCUGUCUGCUGAUCGGGAACUGUAAAUGUCCACAGACCUUUUUGUUAUGUUGCUUAAAAAGAACUCUCCAGAUUCUGUUUGGAUUACACAGUUAAAAGAGUGAACUGUCUCCAACAAUAUAUCAGAGUUCUCAAUUUAAAGACAAGAAAUGAGUUCCUUGGAAAAGAAAUGUGUUCCUUCAUCCUCCAGAAUAGAACGUCUUCAACGAUGGCAGCAAUGCUACCCCAAUGAUUUGAGCUGUCCUAUCUGUCUCCAAACUGCUAAUUUCCCUGUAGAAACCAACUGUGGACAUUUCUUUUGUGGUUACUGUCUAAUUGAAUACUGGAAACAUGGGUCUUGGCUAAGAGCAAUCAACUGUCCACUGUGCAGGCAAGAAGUUGUUUUUUUGUACACCUGUUCUGAAAACCGGCCUGACAAGAAAAGCAAGCGAACUUUCUAUGACAUCAGAACUUACAACAAACGCUUCUCAGGAUACCCUCAGCCUUUUAUAGAUCAUCUUUAUGACAUACCCCUCCUUGUCCCUGUUAUCCUAAGAGGAAUCUUUACGCUAGCUGGCCUCCUGUGGAUCUUUCUCUUCAGAGUUGUCAUCUGUUUUUUUGGCACCAUCCUGUGCUCGACCUGUCCACUUGAAAUGAUGCCUGAACCUCUUUGUGGGAUCUUGCAGGCAGCUGAUAACUUAGCUGUUAUAAUCUUACUUUUGAUUAGCUUUAUAAACAUUUGCCCUCGAAUAGAAUCAGAAGGCACAAACAUGAUGAUCUAUAGGGAAUAAAAUAUUACCUUGGCAUCAUCAUGGAAGGAACUGCAAUGUCUCUGAAAGGUCAAAAUUAACCAGGCCAUGAUACAUUUAUAAUGGAUUUAUAAUGGACUUAGUUUUAAAAAGUGAUUAAGGGCUAUUGUAUUGCAUUGAACUGUAAGCAAAUGAUAGAGAAUAUUUUGGCCAGAUGUUGUUAUGCUAAUAAAGGACUAAAACCCA